UGAAGCAGCUGAAGCAGAAGCUUCCUCUCCCACUCUCUCUUUCUGGCAAAAAAUUCAUCUAUAAAAACCUCGAAGCCUCCUCUCGUUCUAUUUCUCAAGGAAAACUCUCUCUCUCUCUCUCUCUCUCUCUCUCUCUCUCUCUGAGAGCUAAAUGGGAUUUCCUGUUGGGUACACUGAAGUUUUCUUGCCGAAGAUGUUCGUGCACGCACUAUCCUUUCUGGGUUUUAUCAGAAACCUCAUUCUAUGCCUUUUUAAUUAUCUGGGUCUCUCGGAUUUCCUCGAAACCGAUAACAUAUGGCCCGAUAAUACUAACCGAAUCCAUAGCCACACGCCCGUUUCCGCCGUCCUGAUCCGGGAAAUCCUACCCGUCAUAAAGUUCGACGAUUUGGUCGCUGGAGACAGCGAAGUUGAGCUGCCGGAUUGUUGUGCCGUUUGUUUGUAUGAGUUCGAGGGCGAUGCGGAGAUCAGAUGGCUAAAGAAUUGCAAGCACAUUUUCCACCGUGCGUGUUUGGACCGUUGGAUGGAUCAUGAUAGGAACACGUGUCCGCUUUGUAGAACCUCGUUCGUGCCUGAGGAGAUGCAAGAAGAGUUUAGUCAAAGGUUACUGGCGGCUUCUGACGAGGGUGAUUUUUACAGUGAGUACAGUUCGGUCCCGGUUUUGUAGAGACUAGAGAGGGCCAUGUCUUGUUCCGCUGUUGGUAUGAAAUGUACAUAUACAAUGAAAUUUGGGCAAUUUAGCCUAAUAAAAAAAAAAUUGAGUGUCUUACAUAUUA